AUGGUGAUGGGAAUCUUGCGUGUUACCGGAGACAAGGUGGUCGAUGAUACCGGUCAACCGGUGUUUCUGCGAGGAACCGCGAUUGGAGGGUGGAUGAAUAUGGAAAACUUCAUUACUGGUUACCCGGGCCAUGAGUCGCAGCAUCGGGAGUCAAUGCUUAAAGUCCUUGGUAGGGAGAAAUCCGAGUUCUUCUUCGAUCGCUGGCUGUAUCACUUCUUUACUGAAGCCGACGCCAAAUUCUCCAAAAGCCUCGGCCUGAACUGUAUUCGAAUCCCAUUCAAUUACCGCCACUUCGAGGAUGAUAUGAACCCGAGGGUUCUGAAGAUGUCCGGGUUUCUGUACUUGGAUCGUGUGAUUGAUCUGUGUGCCAAACAUGAGAUCUACACUAUAUUGGACAUGCAUGCUGUUCCCGGAGGACAGAAUGCCGACUGGCAUUCAGAUAAUCCGUCCCCUUACGCUACGUUUUGGGAGCACAGGGAUCAUCAAGAUCGGACUAUUUGGCUGUGGGAGCAGAUCGCUGCCCGCUAUAAAGAUCAGCCGUGGGUGGCCGGUUACAACCCUCUGAACGAACCAUGUGACCCUAAGCAUUACCGUCUCCCAGCAUUCUACGAAAGGCUGGAGAAGGCGAUCCGCGCAGUUGACCCAGAUCACAUCCUCUGGCUGGAUGGCAAUACAUUUGCCAUGGAAUGGCGCUGCUUCGAGAAGGUGUUACCCAACUGCGUCUACGCCCUGCAUGACUACAGCACGAUGGGAUUCCCCACCGGUGAACGGUACCGAGGCACCGCCGAGCAAAAAGCCAAGCUGGAGCAGCAGUUCCUUCGUAAAGCAGAAUUUCAAAGUCAGCACGGGGUGCCAAUUUGGAAUGGCGAGUUUGGACCCGUCUAUGCGGAUCCCGCACUGGAUGAGAAUGCGGACGAGAUCAAUCAGGAACGGUAUAAUCUUCUCGGUGAGCAGUUGCGCAUCUAUGACAAAUAUCAGAUCCACUGGACCAUAUGGCUCUACAAAGAUAUCGGCCUCCAGGGGAUGGUUCACACUUCUCCCCAAAGUGCCUGGAACCGCGCCAUUGCGACUUUCCUAGAAACGAAACGGGCUUCCCAGCUCGACGGCUGGGCUCCCUAUCCAUCCGCCGGGGUCGAUGCCGUAAUAGACCCCCUCGUGGAAUGGAUUGACCAUGUCAGUCCCAAGGCAAAAAACACAUAUCCGGGACCCUGGAAUACGAAGAGACACAUUGUUCGAAGGGUUCUGCAUGAUUUUUUGAGUGCCAGUCUGUCGGAUGACUUUGCCGAGCUGUUCGCGGACAAGAACGAGGCGCAGCUGGAGGAGUUGGCUAAGAGCUUUAGCUUUGACGAAUGCGUGCAGCGUUGCAGUUUGAAUGAGAUUAUGAGUGCUCAUGCCGCAGUUUCGCGGGUCGACAACUAG